AUGUACAGCAGGUCUUCCAAGGGGGCCCGGGCCCGCAGCGCAGCGCAAGAUUUUCCCUUGUCCUCAUCUCAAAUGAGCCCGGAUGCUGCGGGAGGAGUCAUCGCUACAAGGGCCUUGGGUACCGACCAGCCAACAAGCCUCAGCGGAGCCCUUCAAGCCCUGGUCCAGCUUGUCUCCAUGCUUCGCUGGGCAUCCAUCCAUGUGGAUGACACCAGGGUCGCCUGGAGAUUGCACUGGAGCCAGCGCCUAAGCCUGUUUAGCCCUUCUCUGACGCUCAGACGGAGCUCUUUUGUCUCUACUAAGCCAAUCAUUCACAAAGAUGCAGUCAAAGUUGCUGACAGAGCGCGUCCGACAGACACCGCGGAGGGACGGGGUUUACGGCAUCCCGAAUCCAGGCGUAUUACCGUAAUUUCCUUCCAAGCUGGUGCCGAGACUAAUUAG